UAGACUCCUUUACGACUAUAAAAACGCACCUACUUAAGUUCAACUAAUCUAGUUCGAUUCCAACAUUUCAAUAUGUCGAGUCCCAAGUUUAUUUUGGUCGCAUUUGCUGCUGUUAUAGUAAAAGUGUGUCAAUCCGAUGUAGCAGUCGCAAAUGACAGAAUACAGUCACGAUUUCUGGGAACUCUAAAUAGAUACUACGUAUCUUCACGUGAUCUUCUUGCUGAUGGAAUCGAUUAUAUCGACUUAGCAAACUCCGAUGCAGCAGUCAGUCAGUUGCAAGUUCUUCAUGGGGUGGAAAACGUUGCUAUAGUGAUCCACGGCCGCGAGAGCAACGCUUUUAGUGACUUUGGGAUAAAAUUGCGAGAAUCUUUUAUCAAUAGCGACGAUAAUCUGGUCGUAAUUCUCGUGGACUGGCCCAUUAUCUCUUCUAUGGACUACGCGACAAUUGUCAACUCUGUGCCAUAUGUAGCUGAUGACAUCAUAACUCUGAUUGGCCGUUUGGAGAGCUUUGGCAAGAUCAAUAGGAGACUCGUUCACAUCCUGGGUUUUGAUGUUGGAGCGCAUAUAGCUGGCCUCGUUAGCAGAGACUCGAACGCUAGAGUCCAGAGAAUUACGGGUUUAUCCCCCGCUGGUGCCAGCUGGGUGGGAAACCCCCGCUGCCUUAGAUCCACUGACGCCGAUUACGUUGAAGUCAUCCAUACUAACUACGGUGGUCUUGGCAUCAAUGAACUUAUUGGCACAGUGGACUUUUUCGCCAACUCUGGCAACGAUCAACCUGGCUGCACGGACAACCAGUGUAGCCAUGACCGCGCAUGGGAGCUGUUUGCGGCUGCUCUGGACAUGGAUGGGCAUCUCAUGGGUCUUAAAUGUGACGAUUUCAAUGCAGUGGUAAACAAAGAAUGUAAGAGUGGUCCGGCACUUGCACUGGGCACUAAUGACCUUUACAAGGAAGGAUCUGGAAUAUAUAGAGUCAAUACAGGCGACGAAUAUCCCUACAACGCGUGAUGUAUUCCAUAUUUUUCCAUAUUUGAUUGUUUGAUUAUAUUUUAUCAAUAAACUCCCAAUGAAGCAUUAUGACCAAAAUUGUUUUAUU